GGGAUUAGAUUAGGGAAAGGGAUGUCGUCGAUUGUGAAGAACAGAUACUGGGUUCUGAGGCAUGGCAAGAGCAUUCCCAACGAGCGAGGCAUCAUCGUUUCCUCCAUGGAGAACGGGACUCGCCCCGAAUUCCAAUUGGCCUCCGACGGUGUUCAUCAAGCACAACUCGCUGCACAAUCAUUCCAAAAGGAACUAGAGGCUAAUAAUAUCCCGCUUGCUAAUGUACGCAUUUGCUACUCCCCCUUUUCAAGAACAACCCAUACCGCUAACGUUGUUUCAACUCUCUUGAAUCUCCCUUUUGAUGGACCCCACUGUAAGCAGGUCAUCCAAGAUCUUCGAGAACGCUAUUUUGGUCCUUCUUUUGAACUCCUUUCGCAUGAUAAAUACCAAGUGAUUUGGGAUAUAGAUGAAAAAGAUCCAUUUCUUGGGCCAGAAGGAGGGGAAAGUGUCAAGGAUGUUGCUUGUCGACUUGCAACUGCAAUGGCCACUAUGGAAUCAGAAUUUCAAGGAUGUGCAGUUUUGGUUGUCAGCCAUGGAGAUCCCUUGCAAAUCUUGCAAACAAUUCUGCAUGCAGCUAAUGAACACAAGGAACCCACAUAUAAUGACUUAGCAUCAAUACUGACUGCAGUUCAGGUGGCACCAAUCUUGUCCCAGCACCGCAAACAUGCGCUGCUUACUGGAGAGCUCAGGGCAGUCAUUUGAGAUGUCAGACCCCUAUAUAUGGUUUCAUUUCAAAAUACAAAACACCUCCCCAGUCAUUUUUUUAGGAACAGGGAUCUAAAUUCGUUUUGCUCCCUAUUCCAUUUAUUACUUUAUAGAUUAUUUAGCAAAUAAAAUUUCAAUCACGAAUAACAUGGCAUCUGAUGUGAAUUUCUUUUUUUUGGUACCAAUUAGCAAAUAAUCAUUAUCACUUA